AUGACGGCGGUGCCAAUGAUGUCUGCACACGGUCAAGCAGGAAAUUGGGGUAAGUGUUCAUAAACUGCAGCAUUUUCAACGUCUGUUACCUGAAGUUAGUUUGGCCUUUUCAAAUUCUUUAUUGAUCAAGAGUUUCUGUUGUGUGACAAUGUGCAUUCAUCGAAGCAUCGAUGGUGCAUAAAAGAAACUGAAUUACGCUUCUGGAAUAGCGUAAACAACUUGAUUCUAUAAUAUAUUGAAAUCAUUGAAGUGUCUGUCUGUUUUCUUUUGUAACUAAAUAAAGUUUCGAUGGCUUUAUGACACGGUAGCUCCGUAAUUUUGCUGUUACCUAUAACUUUCGGCAGUCUAUAGAAACCUGGCAGUUUGAAAUUCUGGUCGCAUAAAAAGAGAUUCUACUUCGACACAUUCUGUGGGAGAUCAUGAAGCCUUAGCGGAUCAGGCGAAUCAAGUGGGUUGACAUGUCAUACAUACCAUUGAAAUAUGAGCAAACUGUAUGGUGGUCGCAAAUAAAGACCUGUAUAAAAAUGAUAUUGAUGCAUUGUGCCCUGAACAUCUCAAUUCGGCAUUAUGCGUUUCUUGCCUUCGUGCAGUUUAGAACGUAUUUUUACUAUAAAACACUCCUAACAGUUGGCUUCUUAUUUGUAAGAAGGAGAAAGCAUGGCUUAUAUCUAACUGGAAUCAAAGCCAAAAUCUCAAAUAGGUGACGAAAGCUGCUAAUCAACAAGAUAAUGCUUCAUCGCCUCUAAUAUUUUCAGAUAAAAUUACCACUGAAAUCCUGCACAAGGUGGAUCUAGGUGAGGGGCCCCGGGGGGCCCGAGCCUCCCCCUUAUUUUGGGUAAAAAAAAAAAGAAUCGCAGAAGGAAGAAAAGCCGGCAGGGCAAGCGACAAAAAAACCAACCCCCGCCCCCCCCCCGUCAGCUCAAGGAUCCGCCACUGUCUUCCUCGCGAUCAUUGCUGUAGGACUCGCCGACCACUAGAAUUGAAUGCAUAUAGCUUAUAGUGACUCAGACGAAUUCCCUCAGCUUGACAAGCUGAAAUGAGAAUUUCGAUGAAAUCCAGCACAAUUCCGGUGAUCUAAUUGUUUUAUGUAGCAGGUUCAGAUCAGGUCUGAAAAGGUUUGCAUCCUGCACCCCAGAAAGGGGGUGAACCUAGAAUAUUUGUUGUACCAUUAUUGGGUGGCAGGAAAAAUUUGACAGGAAAAUGAUCCGUACAGGGUGCCUUGUUCUCCUCACUAAAACCCGAACCUCAAUUAAGACCAUACUUUGUAACAUACCAUUCAACACCUUUUCCCUAAAAGUUAAAAACAAUUUUUUCAUUACAGACUUUAAGCUAAGGACGGCAUUAAUUCAGGGCAUGACAAAAAAUGACAUAGAACUAGCUUUAACACUGCUGUCUUAAAUCCACCUGACUCUUUAUCUGUUGUCACUUGCUUUCCUAUCCAAACAAUCAUGAAAAUUAUCUUCCGGAAUAUACUUACACAUACUCUUGUGAAAGACUGACUUAAGCGUACGAAUCGUAAUCUUAUGGGUGAUCACAAAAGCUCAACGUUGAAUUAUUUCCACAGGGGACAGCUUAAAGUGCUUCAAAGUGGUUCUUCUUGGAGAUGUAAGCGUUGGUAAGACUUCGCUGAUAAGAGCCCUUAAAAAUGAACAAGAACAAUGGGAACUACCCAGAGAGUACAGAGCAACCGCAGGAGCCUGGGUAACAUACGUUGACAUGGCAAAUACACGCAGGCUUCUUGUUACUGACACUUCUGGAAAGCGGGAAUAUGCCUCUCUUGUCAAUUUAUACUUAAGACAUCUGCAUUGUAUUGUUUUGGUGUUUGCUCUUGAUGAGCCCUCGAGCUUCGCGCGACUCAAGAAUUACUGGUAUCGAGAGUUUAUUCACAGCUUCAAAGGUGACGCUUCACAAGUAUCAAAGUUUGUCGUCGGCACCAAGACUGAUGUAGCACCGCAUAGCUUCACACUACAAACAGAAGCAACAUCUUUUUCUGAAGAAAUUGGAGCAGAGAUUUGGAUCACCUCAGCACUCACAUUAUUCAACACUUACGAAUUGUUUAACCGAGUCGCGGAGAAGGCAAGCACCUUGGUUACAGGUGGGAUAAAUCCGGUUGAUGUCCAAGAUUGCUCAUCAAGUUUCGGUGACCACCUUCUGGACGACAUGUUCCUUGGUGAAGGAGCCCUUGUGAGGUACCCUGAUCCAGUCCUUUUAGAAACUGAAGAAGAGAUUACAGAUCUUCAGUUGUGUCAUCAGUGUGUAACUAUGACGGGGAAGAGAAGGAAAUUCACCUGGGGGACUUGGUCAGAGGAAUGGUAAAAACCUCUCUAUUAUUGCAUGUGAUGACGAGUUGAAAAGGAGUUAUUAAAGCCAAAAACUACUUCUCAACCUAACGUUAAGGUUACUUAAAAAUCUUUCAGAAAUACCUAUUUCUGUAAAUGUCAUUAACUGCAAAAUAUUCCCAGGAAAAUGGGAUUUGAUUGAUGGCAUAGCCGAUGUCGACCUCUGAGCAGUUCAUUGCACCUGACAAGUUAUCUCUUUGAACAAUGGAGAAUCCGAGAAAUCAAUUAGCGAGGCAAAAUUUAAACAACCUACCUUGGAACAGUGUUGACUCAUCGUUAAGCAAACUUGAGCUAAAAGGACAGAUGGCAAUCUCGCUAUUUCGUGUUGAUAUUUUAUGAAAAGGCAAUGUAAAAAUGUAAGAGUAAGGAAAUCCUUUCAAAUUUUUUAAAACUAUUUCUAGCGCAAAGGAGGCUGUGUUAAAGCAGGAGAUGUCGCGGCAUCCAGACAGGGCAUCGAACAAGCUUUGGGCCUGUGUAAUGGCUAACGCAACACCUAGCACUUGGCAGUACGAAAACUUAGAGGGCGUGAUACAUUACGGAACAAAUGUUAGAAGACAACCCACAAAGACAGAGUUCAAGAACAUAAAAAAGCUUCUCUUCACUUCACGUAAGUUUCUAGAUGGUGAAUUUGAUAAUAAUGUAUACUGAAUUUGAGACAUACACAAGAUAUUCUCAAUGUAUUUCCGAACAAACUGGUUCCGUGUGAUGAGUGCUUGUGUCAUGUGGAUGGCUCUGCACGUGCGCAAAAUGAAGAGUAUCCUGCUAACAAGUGGGAAUUAUUUUCUCGAUUAGCAUAGAUUUUUCUUUGUCCCACGCUCACGACAAAACGAAUAACACCAUUUUUAAUUCAAAGGCUGAGCUUAAAAUUUCCUCACUUUCCUAUUUUAUUUGAUAUUCUCACUGUGGGUGCCUUCAACACGCGCCAAAUGUAUUUUUAGCGCAUGGAAAAGAUGGCUUCUCGUUGCUUUUUAAUGAUUUCCCAUGACAAACUAAAAGUCUGCCGAAGGAAUGCUUUGCACUCUGUGAGGAAAAUUUGUGAUUUGAUAACCGUGCAAUAGAUCUCUUUCAUCCCACUUUUCAUUCUUUACAUGGUAAUGAUAAGGUAAACGAAUGCAAGAUAAGUGUCGGGGAAACCGGACGAAGGGUUUAUUACAGGGGUAAAUUGCGGUAAACUAGCAUUCUCCUCAGGAGGAGUAGCAAUAAUUCUUGUUGUUAUAUACCUGGACUUUCAUUCAACAAAAUGAGCACUGUGAAUGGUAGAUUCUUGGUCACAUACCCGUGAUCAAAUUCAAAUGUAUCCCGACCGGGAUACAAUUGCACAGUUGUUGCCCGCGCGCCGAAUACAACAGAAGGUUGAUUGGUUUUGCCAUGUGAUUGUCUAAGGGAAAGUCUAACUAAAUAAUAAAGCACUUAAUGUACGGUCCCUCGGGAAACUAGUUAGUUUUGUUUUCCCUCGAGUCCUGAUGUUUCCCGAGGUGACGAAGAAUACAAGAGUUACCGUUUUCCACGGGACCAUACAUCAAGUGUAUAUUGUUUAAUGCUUCACCAAUUGGAAUAACCUCCGACAGGAGAAACCAUCCUGUAAUUCUCCAGACUAAACCAAUAUCAACCUAAAGACGGCUGAAAUUCAAGUAUACUCUCUCACAGUUCCUUUAACCCUCUUCCACAGGUGACCAGAUGAACUGCGAAAGGGAACACGGCCUUUUUUACAUGUUACUUCAGUCAGAAGACGGUAGAAUAUCAGAGGUUGGCCUCAACUCUGUCUUUACCAGAUUGACCAAGGGAAUUUCAUCCGAGAAAGAAGUUAUCCUGAAAAAAUUCUACUUCAAGCCAAUACCACUCUCUGAAAGGGUGGCUUGCAUAGACAUGUCCAUUACUCAUGCGGCCGCCAUUGAGGAAGGCGCAACAACAGUUACCAACUGGGGCCAUGUAGAUACUGCUGCACUCGGUCUUGAUAAGGAAGACCCACUAUAUCAUCUUGAUGUAUAUGUUCCAUCAUCAGUAUUAUCAAUAGACUGCCAAGUGAAACAAGUUACUUGUGGUUCAGCUUUCACUUUGAUGUUGAGCUCAGAAGGAAAAGUCUUCUCUUGUGGAUCGGGUGCUUUAGGAAAGUUAGGACAUGGAGACGAAAUGGACAAAUCAUUGCCCACAUUGGUAGGUAUCCGUUAUGCAAGUUUUCUUUCUUCCAAACAUUUUUCCAUAACAAGGAAAAUGCAAUGUACUUAAAUCGCAUAAGUUACGCAGAACUGGUGAAGUAAACAAUGUUUUGUUCUCGCAUUCUGCUCCUCUUUUCCAUCUUUCCUUCAGUCGCAUGCUAAUAUUCCUUCAUGGAAAUUCAAUCCGCUCAGGUGGUAUUUAAGCAACUUUUCGGUGAAGAGUUUGUAAAGCUGCAACCCUACAGUAGAAACCUGAAGAUACUCAAAAUAUCUACAAAAUUUCUCACAGCAUAUCCCGUUGAGAAGGUCUCCAAUACCAAAAUUUUCCAUUUACUCUUUUAAGUUCCCCACCUCGAUGAGGUGGGGGACAGCACUUACAAAAGACUCCUUUUACUACAAAUUGAUAGAUUGAAUCGUUAAAGGAUAUCCAGGCUAUUGCUGCAGGAGGUGACCACGCGGUUGCAUUAAACAAAAGAGGCGCUAUUUACCAAUGGGGACUGGAUUGUGCUGAUGUAGAAAGAGGAGAGUUCUUUUCAAAACCCAAAAAAGUAAGCAACCUCUUCAACGUGGCUGUGAAGUCGGUGGUGUGUGGCACUUUUCACACUGUCUGCUUGGCGAACGGAAUAUACUACACCGGUAUCGGGUAUGCAUGGGGACUAGGUUCCGAUGGUCAGCUAGGCCUGGGUCAUCGCCGAUGCCUUUCUGCUCCUAAAUUGAUUGGUGAACUUUAUGACAAUAGUAAAUUUGUAAAGCAAGUAUCAGCUGGGAGGAAACACUCUGGGUUUUUAACCGUUGACGGAGAAGUGUACACUUGUGGAAACAAUGCCUUUGGACAGCUGGGUUACUUUACUGUCUCUGAAUGUAGCGAUGUCCCACGAAAGGUGUCCCUUGGAAAGAAUGUGUCAGGAGACGAAAUGAGGUUUGUAAUAGUUGGCUCAAGCGUUGUUGAUAAGUACUUUGCGUUUCACUCAAAUAUGAUGAAAAAGAUUCACAGUUUGCUGUAACAGUCAAGCACAUGGUUUUUGUUAACUGCGACUCUUUGUUGCGUGAUGUUAGGCUUCAUUACCUAGAUAGAUAGCAGAACUGUCAGAUAUAAAAGACGAGAGAUGAAAAUAAUUUUUUAAUAACAUCAACUUGAAACUGUACAAAUCUCUAUUAUUUUCACUCCCCACGUAAAAUCCUUAGCCGCUAAGAAAGUAGUCAAAUACAAGAAAUUUCAAUCCGAUGAAAAGUUCCAGAUUACUUUAGGUUUUAUAUGUUUGGAGCAAAUAUUCUACUUCAAAAUUUUUAGAUGAGGCUCAGUUAUUCCUUUCAUCGGAGGACAGACUGUCAGUCUCUCAUCAUUGCAAACAUUUUUGUGUUCUUGACCGAUCCCUAAAAAGUGACCUUGAACAAAAAGUAACUCCCUCUCCUUCAGGGUAAGAUUUGACAUAAACGUCAAAAUCGGUAAAUAUUCAAAUUUCUCGCUCGUGCAGUAAUCGGCUAUUUUGAAUUUAUCUCGUGAAUUUCGCUAUUGUAAUGGCAGCGAGUUUGAAUUUCCCUCUUGAAUUAAUAAGCCAUUGUUUGGCUCUAAAGUUUGUUUCAAGAUAUCCUUUUAUGGAUAUUUGAGAUACUAAACAAAGGGCAUUGUCUUUGAAUUUGAUCAGCUUUUCUUGAUACGUUCGGUAUCACUUACUUUUGCCGUUAAAUAGAAGCUAAAGCAAAUAUAUAGAACCCACACUGUAUAUUUCGCUAUGAGAUAUGCCUUGGUGGGCUGCUUUAACUAUCGAAUAAGAGGGUAAGUUUCUAAAGAAACUGUGAUGCUGCUGCAGUGGGGGAGUACAACAGGGUAAUUUAGUAUUACCAACUGAGUUGAUAACGUAAAUUGGCCACUGUAAAGAGUUAUAAAGAUGACGUUUCGAGUGUUAGCCCUUCGUCGUUCAUCUAAUGAAGGGCUAACUCUCGAAACGUCAGCUUCGUAACUCUUUACGGUCUGUGGCCAGUUUACGUUAUCAACUCAGUUGAUAAUACCAAAUUACCCUUCUUUAACUAUCAUUGCUUAGGAAACAUCUUCUUUCACACUAAUCCACCCUCAUUUCUAUUGAUUUACUGACAACUGUUGGUUUCUCUCCUUAGAGCGGAAGAACUGUGCUGUAGUGAAGACUACACCAUGGUUCGAACCACUGGUGGAGAUGUAAUGAUAUGGGGAAAAUGCCACUAUGGGGCUAAGUUGAAAGAUCCAAUACCUUUUGAUGUGAAUAAUGAAGCCGCCUCUGACCCUGCUGCCGCUGAUGAGGCCGUAAGCAUCAGAGAUGUCACCACGUGUUAUGUGCCAUGUGAAAAAUCCUUUAUCGAGCUUGUAGUAGCGCUGACUGGCACCGGUAGUCUGAUAUUUUGCGCAGGAAUCUCUUCCAAGUUUGAUUGCCAGGUCAUGCAUGAUUGCAUACUACAGAUUCAAUGCAACACGAUCGACUUGGCCACUCUUAGCGCGGUGGGCUCAGUUCUGGUCAGCAUUGAUAGGCAAGGAAAAGUGUAUUAUGUCGACUUCUGGAGGUGGUUGUUGCAACAUUUUUCUCUUGAAGCUCAAGAGAAUACAGUUCCUGAAGACCUCAUACGUUCCCUUUUCUCCCAGUUGAAAGAGUCAGAAGCUGAUAGAUCACCGGAAGUUGAUUUCACUGCCGUCCCUUUUCAUGGUGACACUAUAAAAGCAGUGGAAGCAAGUCUCAACACAUUUCUAUUUUGCACUACCAUUGGAGAUUUGUACAGUUGGUCGCCGAUGGCAGGCAGAGGUGUUGUGCGGCAUAAGGAAUUGAACUGUGAAAUAAUUGUACAAAUCGCUUGUGGUGCGGACCACCUAGUUGCCUUAUCCGACAGAGGAACUCUCUUCACGUCUGGAGAGAAUAACUCAGGCCAGCUGGGAAGUGGUACAUUCCAAUCCUCCCGGAUUUUUCAGUUUGUUCCAAUAGCAGAGUUUGACAGGAUUCAAGCUGUAUGUUGUGGAUGGGCGAGCACAUCUGUUCUCACAGAAAAUGGCAAGGUUUGUCCCUGUUUUUUAUUCCAAACUUUAUAUUUCCCACUUUUUACAGGCUACGAAUAACCUGUAUUUUCAGUUGCCUUUUCUGUGUACGUUAUGGUCAUCUCGUGGCAAAGAUAGACCCCGGACGAGUUCGCAUAGAUUUCACCUAGCUGGCGUAGGUUGCGUGACAAAUAGUUUAUUGACGGUUGCAUGUUUUAGCUAUUAAACUGGUGUACAAAUUUUCAUUAUUAAUACUAGUAUUCUUACCGUUGUUGACGGAUCAAAGGAUAUCCGGCAGAACCUCCAAUAAUGUGGCAAAUUACUUACACGACCUUUGCAUCAAAUUUAAUAAAUGCUUGCAUCAUUUACAAUGUUGAAUCUUUCUUUCAGGUUUAUUUCUGGGGUCAGUUAGAUUUACCAAAGGGGGAAAAAACAAGGAAAAAGCUCUCGAGCAUCACUGCCUCAGCGCAAGCCGUGGACAUUCCAAAGCUGCUGAAGGAGACGCAGUGCAGAUCUUCUCCUGCCGGGUACAAAUUGGAAAUCAUUGGCGACGUUGGAAUUGCAGACAAUCACCUUGCUGUGGUUGGCAGAUUGUUUGAAGUGGAAAUUUCCAAAGAUAUAAAAGCUCACACGGCAGUACUUGCAUGGUAAUAUGCGUUAAUGCAAAAAGCUGCCAACAACUGCUUGUUCAUUAUUCUCAUCUUUGCAAUUUUUCUCCUCUCCUUGCACAGGAAUUUCGAGCCGAGAUAAUUAACUGCCAAGACCCCCUAAGACGUGUUCAUUCCAAGGGAAAGAUAAAACAGUCACUUAGUGCGGAUGGGGUGUACGUUGCUUCCAUGGUUUUCUAUUCUGAAGGAUCUUUCAAGGUCUCUAUAACAAGAAAUGGAAAGAAUCUCCUUGGGAGUCCGUUUAAAGUCACAACAGAAAAAAGCGUUUCGUCGGAGAGAAUUAAACUGUCGCUGAUUAGUUCAGACACUGAGUGUAUGAGAGAAGUUGGUGGGGUCCUUCAGAAAGCCAUUGGCCCAUAUGAAUCAUGGAUUCAAUUGACGGGGGUUCCAGCCAUCAACACAGAUUUAUUGACACGGGAAGUAUUUAUGAUGACUUCGAUGACUGACAGUGGAAUUUACGUCUACGUAUGGGACGCCUGCAACGGAAACCUGCCUGAGGAGAACCUCAACUUCUGGUUGCACUUACUGUCAGAACAUGCAUCUUCCGCCGAUGUAAUCCUUUUGGCUAUAAAUAUCAGUACUACACAUGCCAAUGACAUCGACUUAACGCCAUUCCAGAAAGUUAAUCCAAAGAUAAAGGGAUCCAUUCUCUUUGGGACCACCUUUGCUUCAGAACCAAGCGAGCUGUUAGAGGAAUUACUGUUGGUACUAAGUGAAUCAAACUGCCACCAAAGUCCCGUCUGGUACAGAUUAGAAAGUUUGGCUUCAAAAGUCCUUGAGCUGAAGAGGAAAGGAAUUGAGCAUCUUGAUUAUUCUACUUUUAAGAGUCUAGCCAGUGAGUGUGGCAUCCAGGGGGAUCAUCUAUGCAGAAAAGCUGCCAACUACCUUGAGUGCACAGGAUUGGGUAUCUUAAUUGGAGCAGAUUCGGUUUUCUUAGUUCUCCGACCCCAUUGGCUUGAAGGGCAGCUCACCGAACUAGUAAGGCCCAGUCACUUCGGGAGCCUAAGCAGGAAAGCCUUAGGUACUGUUAAAGUAUCGACAAUUUUCCGUUAUCAGUGAGAUCACUUUAUAUAGACCCCUAAAUAAUGGGUUUUUGGGAGUGCUCAAUUUACACCAUGGAGGAAUGUGAAGAUCAAAGCAUGAAUCCCGCGACAAUUCAAAAUCGCCCUUAUGCAUGACUACUUCAUUUGCUGGACUAGACCCAGGCCUCUUUUCCACGAAACUUAUCUAAAAUCUUUACCACUUUUCUUGAUCUCCGUUCCCAAGGAAUACUUUCUAUUUUAACUUCACAAGUCGCACUUUGCAAUAUGGGCGUGGGAGGAGGAAUUAACUAUUUAUGUUAAUAAGCAUAAAGCCUUUUUCGACACUCCCAGAAUUAGUAUUUCUAUAGUACAAAGUUGUCUCUAGAGAUAUUUUAAGUGUUCUUGUAACUCCUUGGGGUUCUCAUGAACGUCUUUUUCAUCCGUUUUAAUUCCCCAGACUCGACAAAACAACACAUUGUCAACUUUUUAAUUGAAAAGCGAGUGGCUAUUGAGACAAGAGAUGGAGGUGCAGUUUACAUUAUUCCGCACCUGACUUCAAAAUCUAUCACAGAAAAGAAUUGGCCUCCGGUAGAGGAGUCUAAAUACACCAUCUACAGACAUUUGGUGUUUAAGGUGCCGCCUUAUCUUGUCUAUUCCAAUUUCCAUGACCUCGUUGCAAACAUUCUGCAAGAAUAUAGUCAAGUAUAUUGUGGGGAAAUAUUCUCUGGUUAUCUACGGGGACGAUCAGUACGACUGUCGUAUUGACUGCGGGCCUUGUUUUGUCAACAAAACUAAGAUGGAGGUAAGAGUGACAGUGCGGGCACACAGCCAAGAUGUCUGCAGGGCAGGUGCAGAAGCAACAGUACGUUUCCUGAAAACAUGCCUUGCGAACUUACUUGGUUUUUGUGAGAUCAAGGUGUCUUGUAGUGCCUGUCAGCAACAUUAUUUUGAUUUGUCCCUUCUACAAGAGGAAGCGGCACGUGGCGUGGACAGGUGUCAUUGUGAAAGAUGUCAUGACAAAAAAUCUACCAUCAGUGACAUGUUAAAUGGAUUCAAAGAAACGCAAUCGAUUCCAGUGUUGGAAUGGCAUCCUUUUAAUGGACCUCUAAGUCCAGGUUGGUAGAAACUUAGAGACCAAUACUCGCGUACCCUGACCUGUAUGAGUUUGCUAGUCUUGCGUGACCUUCAGAGCUGAAAUUUGAAUCAUAAGCACGUCCACAACUUAAAGUAUAGGGGUCUUUUUCCUGUAGAUUUAAAGAAAAAAACGUUUAAAGAAUACUGUUGGCCUGUUGAGGAUGGCCUUGGACCUUGAUUUUGUGCAUGUUUUAAGGGCGAAAAGGGAGCAAAAUCGAAUUAUGGAUCAUUGUUGUGUUAAAAAGAAAUAACACUCGGUUUAACUUGCAAAGUUCAUAACGGAUAGAGAAGAAAGACGCCAAAACGAAAUUAUUAAACACUCGAACUCGUACUGAGUUUUUUACUUAUCAACUUUGCCUUGUCUUUAACAAAGCAGGUGACCCGUACCGUAAGCUUGAUGAUCCUAACACUCUGACGCGUUCCCUGAUGAAGUACUUUGGUGAUCGCAUCGACAAACAUGAAGCAAAACUGUUGAGAGAGAUCAGAGAAAGGAUUGACAACUUGAUAGAAGUCUUCGUGGGCAUGAAAAAUGUAAGAAUAGCGUUUAGUACAGGUGAUCGAUAUGAAAGAUUUUGCUAAGUCUUCGUCUUGGAUUGCCGAAGAGAAAAGUACGAACAUAAGGCUUUUGCCCAUUAGAACUAAGGAGGAAAACAAGUGGGAGGGAACCGAGUAAUCAAAGAAUCAUAACCAUUUUAGCAGGGUUGAUAGACAAAAGACGUGGUACUUUCAUUUAAGUAUAUUUUUUAUAGACAAUUUGACUGUGUUCCCAGGCUAGGGAAUUCCAAUCUUAUCUCUCUGUAAUUCAUGCUCUCUAUUAGAGCUUGCUGGUGUCGUGGAGGUGUAUCAGAUUUUGAAUUGUGAUGUUAAUCUGCAUGUUUUGAAAACAGAGCUGCUGUUUUCUCCACACUUGAUUUCGUUUGCGCCCAAAAUAUGAAAUCACCAUAUUGCUGUCGACUCUCGGCCUCGACAGUUUCUGUGGUGGUUUGUUUAAUUUGAAUGUGGCACGAACUUGACAUAUGAACACUUUUCUCUUUCUCGUUUUCUGACAUGUCUCUAUCACUUUCCGUAGUACGAUGUUCCACGAACCAUUUGCCUUCUGCCAGAAUUCCAGAAUCGCUCCUCUGUUUUGAAAUUGAACGCGAUAAAAAGGCUUCUAACCUUUGGCCAGCCAAAAUAUCGGUUGUUCCUGCUUUGUGAAGGAAACGGAGACGGUAGUGGGGUACACUUUCUGGACUCCAGCAAGCAUGAAGGAUACAGACUACAGAGUAUGUUAGCUGCUAAUCUCAUCAAGAAAAGCGUUAAUUUUUUGCGCUUUUCUUUGCAGGUAAGUUUCUUGCAGAUCGUUUGUGGGCAACAUCGACACGAAUUGAUUCGGAGUGUUAUAGCGUUAAUUCGUGGAAUUCUAAAUUCACUCUUGUCUCUUUUUCAACGUUAACCAUAGUUCGCCAAUAUUUUCCUCUUUUCAGCUUCUCAUCAACAUUUCCUCUGUGGCGAGCAUCGCUGCAACCCUCUUUGAUGCGGAAGAAACUCUGAACACUGUCCUGGGCACAAUAGGCCUUGAUGGAGCUGUGCUUUCUGGAGUUCGAUGGAAGAAUGUCUUCAAAGAGGUUAGUGAUAUGCAUUGACUUUUAAAAUCAACGACAUCUAUGAAACUUCUUCAUCACAUAUAUACCUCGUUAAGCAAACGUUACUCAAUACUCGCGUUUUCUGCGCUUCAGUUGGUGUGAUUAUUGUUUCCUUGUGAUGUUUUGUUUUGUUGUAUUUUUACGACGUUUGAUGAAAUGUGUUCCAAUAGUCCAAAAUCCAAAAGCCUACGUUACUUAUCUUACACACAGAUGGACGGUUUCCUCAAGACUGUUGAGGAAACAUCGGGUUCCAUUUCGCAACCUAAAGGGCUAACUGGCGUAUCAGGCGAAUUCCGCGGCUAUCAACUGGGUGGUGAACAUUAUGAAUGCUUGCGAGAAGUUUUGUCAAAGCUAGGAACCAAAGACAACUUCGGCGGGUUGCGACAGGAACCUCGCGGAGAGCAGGGCGUCAUCUGGGUAUGUGAAAAGCACAGCAAGUCCAGAAAAGACACCAAAGUCUUAAACAUCAUGCCGUGAGACAACGAUUAAUCAAGUCAACUACAUCAUGAUAAACAAUGUAUGAAAUAACUUAUGUUUAACUUGUGAAUUUCGAUUAUGAAUGUCGAAGUGAAUGUUACCGAAAACCUGCAGUGAAGGUAAUUACAGAAAGUAAAGUCCUAUCCUAAAAUUGUGGCUUUAUAGCUCAGUUGGUAAUAGCGUCCAGAACGUAGUGGUAGGACUCGGAGGCACAAUUUCAAAGCCCUUUCAAUCCUAAAUUAAUAUUUUCAAAAUUUAUUUUCUGCGAUCAGUUCAAUUGCAGCUAAGCUGUAAGAAAUAUAAUUUAAGACAAAACUUUUCACACCUUUCUACAGCUCUUAUUACACCAGAACCUGUGUUUAAGUCGUCUUCUACAUGUUAAGAAUGCAUCCCAUGAUUCGUAAACAAAGUGUGUGAUAACCCAAUUGGUCCAUUUUGUGGUCAAGAACAGAAGAACUGGACAUUUCUGCACAAGAACUGAAACUUGAAUGUAACUCGCCCUACUAGGUAAACCGUGCAAAUUCAACCAAAGAUUCUUUUAUGUUUUUCGACCUCAAAACCGUAAACCCUUUUAGAGGAGCAAUAAUCGAGAGCCCUUAAGCGCCGAUACAAUUUAAUGAUAGCUCCUUGUAAACAAUUUAUGACUAGGACUAGCUGAUUAGAGGGCACAGGUGAACUAUAACUCGCUGGGACAAGUUCAAAUAUACGAUAUUAUAUAUUUUUGUAUACUCGUGUACACCAAGCUCCAAAAAGAUUAGAAUAAGGGUAGGCUAUCUCGAGUUUCUUUUCGUAGCUUCACUCCUUCUCUCCUUGGAGAAACAAAAGGGAAACACUAGCUACACGGUUAAGCUGGUUGUUCUAAUUUUAUUAAUUGAGAAAUAAGCGAAAACUAUCAAUGUAAUAUAAUCACACAAAACAAUUAAUAUAUAGGCAAAGCAUGGGAAAGUUUUAAAAGUGUGUUCUUAAUGCUAUGAGCUGCAAUAAAAAUUCUACAUUCUUCAAGUUAACGGGAA